UCCUUUGUGGAAAACUCAAAGCAUCAGUAAUUAGAGCUCAGUCUGUUGAAGUGGCCGGCUUUUGAACCAUGCCCCAGUCCAAGCCCUGGGACAGCUGAGUCCACAGAGAAGACAUCUUUGGGAAGCAGGACCCUGAUGAAAAAAGACUAUACUUUAAUAUUCAGCUGCAGAGGAGCACCUCCGAGGACUGGGACAAAGACAGAGACAGAGAGAGAGAGAGACAGAGAGCGAGAGAUGAGUCCUCAGCACUGUAGCUCGGUGAAGACACAAUACACAAAACAGGUGAAGCUAUAACUGCAGGAAACACACCCCCACCACUGGUAACAACAAGGACGGCCUGGAGGAACUUAAAGGGAGCACAAGUAGCUGUCCAUCUAUUCAUCUAACAGCCAGCAGCAAUGCAGGGGCCGAUGUGGAGCCUGUGUAUUGUGUUCUGCCUCUCCCUCUGGGAGGAAAGUUACUGCAGGAGUUCCAGGGAACCCCGGAGGACCAAAGAGUCCUUUCUACAUAGAAGUAAAAGAGCUCCCCAGGAUCCAGACGAGAAAAAGUGCUCCUACACCUUCCUCGUACCCGAGCAGAGAAUCACAGGUCCAAUCUGUGCGAGCACCACAGGCCCAGAACCAGACAAGGACAGAGUGACCCGUAUGGACAUUGCAGAUGUGCGGGAGGUGCUAAGCAAACAGCGGCGUGAGAUUGAGACGCUGCAGCUGGUGGUGGACGUGGAUGGUAACUUGGUGAAUGAGAUGAAGCUGCUGCGGAAAGAGAGCAGGAACAUGAACUCCAGGGUCACCCAACUCUAUAUGCAGCUGCUGCAUGAGAUCAUCAGGAAAAGAGACAACUCUCUGGAGCUGGCCCAGCUAGAGAACCGUGUCCUCAAUGUGACUUCAGAGAUGAUGCGACUGGCUUCCCGGUACAAGGAGCUGGAGGCCCGGUUUGGCAUGAUGGCCGCAGUGGUCAACAACCAAUCCGUUCUUAUCUCUGAACUGGAGGAACAGUGUCUGAGGACACUGAGGCGCAGUGAGCUCCCUGUAGUACCUCCACUGGUACAGGUGGUGCCACAGAAUAUACCAGUUAACAAUCGUUUCACCAAUGAAGUACAGAGGGACUACAACAAACGUGCCUUUACCCGAGGAUCACAAAUGGACUCACCCACUGCAAGCCCCUUUGGAGUCAAUCCUCCACCACCACAGGGAACACUUACCUCAGAAGGUCCAUUCAGAGACUGUUUUCAGGUGCGCCAAGCAGGACAUACCACCAGUGGGAUAUACCUGCUUAAGACAGACGGCAGUGACCAGCUGAUCCAGGCCUGGUGUGAACAUGGCCUUGACAAUGGAGGAUGGACGGUGUUACAAAGGAGGAGAGACGGUUCUGUUAACUUCUUUCGGAACUGGGAGAACUACAAGAGAGGCUUUGGCAACAUGGACGGUGAACACUGGCUUGGACUUGACAGCAUCUACAACCUGGGGAAACAAGGCGACUACAAACUCAUGAUAGAGAUGGAGGACUGGACUGGGAAGAAGGUGUAUGCAGAAUACAGCAGCUUCCACCUGGAGUCUGAGAAAGAGGGCUACAGGCUGAGACUUGGUACCUACCAAGGCAAUGCUGGGGACUCCUUCAGCAGUCACAAUGGCAAACAGUUCACCACACUCGAUCGCGACAAGGAUGCAUUUUCUGGCAACUGUGCCCACUUCCAUAAGGGUGGCUGGUGGUACAAUGCCUGUGGCCAGACCAACUUGAAUGGUGUCUGGUACAGUGGGGGAGUUUACCGCAGCAAAUUUCAGGAUGGAAUUUUCUGGGCAGAAUACGGAGGUGGUUUCUACUCGCUCAAGUCAGUGCGUCUCAUGAUCCGACCAAUCGACUGAAACCUCCGAAUGCAACACCGUCUCCCCUCCACAUCUUUAUCUACCCAUCAAACGACUCUGUAAAAGCACAAGCAGGACUCUCUGCCAUCUUUCAUCUGUGCCUUGUAAAAGAGAGAGGAGGAAGAGAUGGUGGCGAGUGUUUAUAGCCAAAAACUAAUGACUCUAACAGUCUGUGCAGUGACUGGAUCCAAAGUUGAGACAGAGAUGGAAGACUGAUGCCAUUGAACUCUUUAACUGCUCUUCUUCACCUGCCAGUCUGGAAAGUAAUGGUCCAUCAAACUCCCCGAAACCUUUCAGUAUUAAUCUAAAGUGUUUUAUUUUACUCACUCAUUAUGUAAUAAAGGGAAAUGGUCAUUUACUUAAAUGGGACUCCUUCUGAGCAGCUAAUGGUGGCUUUCUGAAGGUAGUGGUAACCAUAAAUGGGGCCACAAUCGGGCCAACCAAAUAGGUUUUGUCUGGACUUCUGGAGUACCCUUUGACCCCAAACAUAAAAUCAACUCAUGCAACAGUGCUGUUCAAUGUGCAUAUGAUGAGCUGGCUUUGUUAUGUACAUAUUUUUGGCUUUACUUGUGAAUGUUAAUUUAAGAGGUGUGAUUCUACUCAAGCCACAAUGAUGUCCCUCUGCCAUUCAUUAUUUAUCAGUGUAUUUAUAGUAAGCAUAGACCUGACGAUUUUAUAUCUAGCCCUGUAAUAAUGCAAUAAUUUUGUCAUAUUGAAAUGCAUUAAUGGCAGUUGUAAAGAAGUGGGUUUAUGAGUCCACACAAACACACACACACAAGUGGAUGUCCACUUCAGUGGAGACAUACACUGUCAGUUUCUAUGUCAAAAUAAAUCAUUGAAUUCCCUAAA